AUGGGCGAGGUGCGGAUGAACUCGCUGGUGGAGGAGCGCUCGGCGCGCUUGAGGAGAAUCGCGCGCGACAGCCACGAGCAGCUGGAUCGCAUCGCCGAUCGCACAAUGAAAGGCGUCGACGACCUGAGCGACAGGGUGCUGCGUCAGCUGGAUGCGGGGGCAUACGCCAUCGAGAGAGACUUGGAGAAAGCACGCCAGGAAAUGGAGGCCCAGCAGAAGGACUUUGAGGAGUUUGAGCGACGCGUAUACUCCUCACGCAACGAGGGGCUCUUUUUUAAAAACCUCUACUCCCCCUCCUCCUCCUCCUCCUCCUCCUCGCUCUCCUCCCGUCGCCGCCGCCCCCUAAGCCGCCGCCCAUCCCCCUCCUCGUCCUCCUCCGCGCCUCCUUCCUCCCCUGCGUUUCGCCAGUCCCGCGCGGCCAAGUCCCGAACUGCUGCUGCGGCAACAGCCAUGUCUGCCACUGCUGCAGAGGCUGCUCUAUUUGAGAACUCUCCAACAGCGAGCAAGAUCACCAGCGGCAGCGGCAGCGGUGGUGGUGGCAGCGGCGGUGGUGGUGCUGGGGGGUUGCGGUCUAAUGGUGUCCUUAUCUCCGACAGAAUCAACAGACAGGAUGGGGAUGAGGGGCUGUGGGAUGAUGAUUGUGACGGCGAGAUGGAACAGGAGGGGCGGGCGAGUGGAGAGGGGACGGACGGAGGGGUAUCCAUGUACAGACGGAUUCUCCAUGCUGGCCUCUCGCUCGUGCUAGUGUCCUUCCUGUGGAGCUCCACAACUGCAUUCGUAAGCGGCCACACAAUGCGGUUCUCCAAGGUAGCUGCGUAUACUGCUAUCCUCUCAGCCAUGCUGCUGCAACUGAAGUUCGAAAAGGAGAUAACUGGGGAGGACGAUGGUGAAGAAAGUGGCCGGGAGGAGGAGAUGGCUGAGGCUGAUUCUCCAUCCGCAUGUGCUCCCCCACUCAAGGACCUGCAUUGA